GCCAGCGACCUCGUCCCUCUCUCUCUCUCUCUGCGCGCUCUGCUCUUGCGAGCUAGAAGCAGCUGCGAGUUCCUGCGUGUGGUCGAUCUCGGAGCGGCGAAAUCGAGGGCGAUUCGCGAUGAGGAAGCGAGAUUUGGCCAUCCUCAUGCUCUCCGCCUUCGCCAUCUUCUUCUCUCUCCAGCACGAGGGCGAUUUCUCGUUCAGGGAGGCGUGGUUCCAUUUGCUGGACGAGUACCCGGUCAAGUACGAAGCCGAGCGUCUCCCUCCCCCCAUCGUGGCCGAUCUCAACGGGGACGGCAAGAAGGAGGUUCUCGUCGCCACCCACGACGCCAAAAUUCAGGUACUGGAGCCCCACACUAGGCGGGUCGAUGAGGGAUUUAGUGAAGCGCGUGUCCUUGCGGAGGUUACUUUGUUGCCUGAUAAGAUCCGGAUUGCUUCAGGGCGACGGCCUGUAGCCAUGGCAACGGGUGUGAUUGAUCGAAAUUACAAGCAGGGGCAACCACAGAAGCAAGUCUUGGUUGUAGUUACCUCAGGAUGGUCUGUCAUGUGCUUUGAUCACAAUCUAAAGAAACUAUGGGAAGAAAAUUUGCAGGAAGAUUUUCCUUAUAACGUCCACCAUCGAGAGAUAGCAAUCUCAAUCAGCAAUUAUACUCUCAAGCAUGGGGAUUCGGGUUUAGUAAUUGUUGGUGGGAGGAUGGAAGCACAGUCUCAUUAUCUCAUGGAUCCUUUGGAAGAGUUUGGGACAUCAGAGAAGAAUGCUGAGAUGCAUCGAAGAAGUGCUACUGAAAAAGAGGCUUCUGAAAAUGCUGGAACUGUUGAUCUGCGCCACUUUGCAUUUUAUGCUUUUGCUGGAAAAUCUGGUCAACUUAGAUGGAGCAGAAAGAAUGAGAAUAUUGAAGCACAUUCUGCAGAUCCAUCACAGUUAAUACCACAGCAUAACUACAAGCUUGAUGUUCAUGCAAUGAACAGUCGUCACCCUGGAGAGUUUGAGUGCAGGGAAUUCAGAGAAUCGGUUUUGGGAAUUAUGCCGCAUCAUUGGGGUAGGAGAGAAGACACUUUAUUAAAGCUGUCGCACUUCAGACGGCACAAAAGGAAAACACUGAAGAAAACUCCGGGGAAAACUACUAAUUACCCCUAUCACAAGCCUGAGGAAAACCAUCCUCCAGGGAAAGACUCAACCAAGAAGAUUUCAAACUUAAUUGCAAAGGCUGCAAAUAUUGCUGGUUCCGCAAAAUCUAAGAAGCCAGUGAAUUAUAUUCCUACUAUAACAAAUUACACACAGCUCUGGUGGGUUCCUAAUGUUGUUGUGGCUCAUCAAGAAGAAGGAAUAGAAGCUGUCCACUUGGCUUCCGGACGGACCAUUUGUAAGCUUAAUUUGCAAGAAGGUGGCCUCCAUGCUGAUAUCAAUGGGGAUGGAGUUCUUGAUCAUGUCCAGGCUGUUGGAGGACAUGGUGCCGAUCGGACUGUUGUUACUGGAUCAAUGGAAGUUCUUAGACCCUGUUGGGCUGUGGCGACAUCCGGAGUACCUGUGAGAGAACAACUUUUCAAUGUCUCUGUAUGCCGUCAUUCCCCAUUUAACUUGUUCCCAUAUGGAGACUACUCAAGAAAUUUCGGUCAAUCAUCAGAGGUAGCUUCUUUGGAGGUUGCAACGCCCAUCCUUAUCCAAAAAAAGGAUGGUCAUAAACAUCAUAAGAGAAGCCAAGGCGAUGUUGUCUUCUUGACGAAUCGAGGGGAGGUCACAUCUUACCGUCCUGGCAUGCAUGGCCAUGAUGCCGUAUGGCAGUGGCAAAUCUUGACUGGUGCGACGUGGUCGAAUCUUCCAUCUCCAUCGGGGAUGAUGGAAGGUGGCAUGGUGGUCCCCACCUUGAAGGCAUUUUCUUUGCGCGUGCAUGAUAAUCAAGAAAUUAUUCUUGCCGCAGGGGAUCAAGAAGCGGUGUUGAUAUCCCCUGGUGGGAGUAUAUUAGCAACGGUGGAGCUUCCUUCACCACCUACUCAUGCCCUCGUCUGUGACGACUUCUCAAAUGACGGAUUGACUGACCUCAUUCUUGUAACUUCCAAUGGAAUCUACGGCUUUGUCCAGACAAGACAACCCGGUGCCCUCUUCUUCAGCAUGCUGGUUGGUUGUCUUAUUGUUGUGAUGGGUGUCAUUUUCGUCACCCAACACCUGAAUUCUAUGAAGGGGAAGCCUCGUGCCUCGUCUGGCCCUUGGUGAAAGUAGCUCGUUAGUCCUCAGACAAUCUAUACCGUCAGUUUUGCCGCUCCUUUUGGCCACAAGCUGCGUGAUUGGAGAUUGCAGGUGGGCAGAACCACCCGUUCGAAAUCUUUUUGCUCGAGGCAGUUAUGGGUUGAGGGGAGGAUAUCGUUUGGGACCAUCUUUGCAUACGCUUUAACCACUGUUUUUUUUUUUAAAUCCACAGCAUCAUGCUCUGUGUAAAUACUCAGACUAGUUUUACUUAUAGAAAACUGCCUCGGCACUUCCAUUUGACCUUCAAGGAGCUACAGAACGAGGUUUUUGUGAUGAGUAUGCAAAAGAUGUCUGGUACCGGCUUACUAGCUCGAUUGCUCAGGAUUAGAAGACA